AUGCAGUCCGCCGCCGCCGCCAACAUGAUCGCUAGCAAACCGGCCGACGACGCACCCUCCGUGUCGUCGUCGCCGUCGUCGCCGUUGCAGAUGGGACAGGGCCAGGAGAAGCCGCAAUCGCAGCUGAAGCAAACGGCGACAGCGGCGACAACGACCCCAAACAAGAAGAAGAUUGAGCCGUCACUGAGAUACCCCUUUUGGUUCGGAGGUAGCGCCAGUAGUAUGGCCGCCUGCGUGACCCAUCCUCUGGAUCUAGGUAAUGCGCUGCUCCCCAGGGAAACUAAAGACACACAACUCCCGGCGAACCCCCCCGCCCGCGACCACGAAGAUCGAACUCAACCACAAAACCCCGUCCGCCUGCAGGUCCGCCGCCCCGACGCGCCCAAGAACAUGAGCGGCACCGUCGCCCACAUCCUCCGCAAUCACGGCGUCACGGGCCUCUACAACGGUCUCUCGGCGUCGCUCCUCCGGCAGAUGACCUACUCCACUGUCCGCUUCGGCGCCUACGAGGAGAUGAAGAUCCGCGCGACCCGCGCCAACAACGGCAAGGCCCCGGCCUUCCCCGUCCUCGUCGCCAUGGCCUCGGCCGCCGGAUUCGUCGGCGGUAUCUCGGGCAACGCCGCCGACGUCCUCAAUGUGCGCAUGCAGCAGGACGCCGCUCUCCCUGCCGCUGAGCGCCGCAACUACAGCCACGCCCUUGAGGGCAUGCUGCGCAUGGCUCGCGAGGAGGGCCUCAUGAGUUGGUUCCGCGGCGUCCUGCCGAACAGCAUGCGCGCCGCCGCCAUGACGGCCUCCCAGCUCGCCUCGUACGACACCUUCAAGGGCAUGCUCAUCCGCCACACCCCUAUGGGCGACAACCUCACCACCCACUUCACCGCUUCCUUCCUCGCCGGCGUCAUGGCUGCCACCGUCACGAGCCCCAUCGACGUCAUCAAAACCCGCGUCAUGUCCGCGAGCACCCAGGAGGGGCUGGCGCACACCCUGGCCAAGAUCUACAAGGCCGAGGGCUUCGGCUGGAUGUUCAAGGGCUGGGUGCCCAGCUUCCUCCGCCUUGGACCCCAAACCAUCUGUACAUUUGUCUUUUUAGAAAUGCACCGCAAGGUCUAUAGAAAGGUCGCCGAUAUCGGCGGCAGCGGCGAGGAGGCGUCUAUCAAGGGAUAG